AUGGUCUCUUUUACCACCUUCGCUACAUCCGCCCUGGCUGUCUUGCCUCUAGCCAGCGCUUAUGUCACGGGCUUUACUGCCCCGGCUACCGCUGAGGCCGGCAGUACCAUCACGGCGACGCUGCAAACAGCGAUAUAUAUUGAGAACUGGGAGGACUACUCCAUUGUCUGGGGUCUUACGCCAUCAGCAUGGGAUUGCUCGAUAUGCAUCGGAACACAGAUUGGCUAUGUCGCCCUGACUGGCACAGAGGGUGCGGCGUACCCUUACACAUUCACCGAGAGCGUGACGAUUCCUUCCGGCACCUCCGCGGGUGACUACUACUUGAAAGCUGCAAUUCCUCAUCUCGUCGGUGCUUCUGGUGAGAUGGGCUUCAAUAUUUACGGUGUUAAUGUCACUGUUUCAUAA